UAUGGUUAGGUUGUGGUUGGACUCGAUGAUCUUCAAGGUCUUUUCCAACCUCAGCAAUUCUAUGGUUCUAUGACUAUAACUCUGGACAAACUCAGCGUAAGUGGGAGAGACUCUCAAUCCAGCUUUAACAAAACCACUGAAGACGCAUUCUCUCACAGCCCUUCCUGUUCGGUGUCGUUAUGAUGAAGGUUUGCAAGGCUUUAAACUGCCUCUCACUGAAAGAUCUUGUUUACAACCAAGAGAGCCCUUCGGCUACCAACGAGCGUUGUACCGGGAAUCUCUCUCUCCUCCAAAUCCGGCAGACACAGCGCUGCCGUUAACCGCUCUGGUUAACCGCUCUGCCGAGGCCCCGCGCCGGCCCCGCCCGUGGCGGCCCGCCCUGCCGGCUCCAGGGCAACAGAAGGGAAGCGGAACCUCUCGCCGGCCUCUCCCUGCGCGGCCUCGCCACCAAAGCAGGAGCUCCGCCGCGGGCUAGCAGCGCCUGCACGCCUCUACCGGCAGGAGGCGAGCAGCUCGGCAGCACCUCCGGGAGCAGUCGAGUGUGCGGCUAGAGCGGCGGCGCGCGGGGACGCUCUGACGAGACGCCGCGCGCCGCUCUUCGUCUCGGGCCCGCCUCCCCGGCUGCGUGCGGCCGUGCCGUUAGUGCCGCGGUCGUGCAGGAUCCGCCAUGAUGAACAGCGGAGGGAUCGGGGUGCCGCUCGGAUUCCCCCUGGGCCCCACGUCCGUCAUCCAGGUCACGAACCUCUCGUCGGCGGUCACUAGCGAGCAGAUGCGGACUCUCUUCGGCUUCCUGGGCGAUAUCGAGGAGCUGCGCCUCUAUCCCCCAGACAACGCACCUCUUGCUUUUUCCUCCAAAGUAUGUUAUAUUAAGUUUCGUGAAGCUUCAAGUGUUGGUGUGGCCCAGCAUCUAACCAACACGGUUUUUAUUGACAGAGCUUUGAUAGUUGUGCCCUGUGCAGAAGGUAAAAUCCCAGAUGAAGCAAAAGCCCUUUCUCUGUUGGCGCCUGCUCCUACUAUGACAAGCCUGAUGCCUGGUGCAGGGUUGCUUCCAAUACCUACACCAACACCUUUAACAACACUUGGUGUAUCACUUGGCACUUUGGGAGCAAUACCAGCAGCAGCAUUGGACCCUAACAUUACUGCACUGGGAGAAAUACCCCAGCCACCAAUAAUGGGGAAUGUGGACCCAUCCAAAAUUGAUGAAAUCAGGAGAACAGUAUAUGUUGGAAAUUUGAAUUCACAGACCACAACAGCUGAUCAGCUGCUUGAAUUCUUUAAACAAGUUGGAGAAGUCAAAUUUGUGCGAAUGGCAGGUGAUGAGACUCAACCAACACGAUUUGCUUUUGUGGAAUUUGCAGACCAAAAUUCUGUACCUCGAGCUCUUGCCUUUAAUGGAGUUAUGUUUGGAGACAGGCCGCUAAAAAUAAAUCACUCCAAUAAUGCAAUAGUGAAGCCUCCUGAAAUGACACCGCAGGCUGCUGCUAAGGAGCUGGAAGAAGUGAUGAAGAGAGUAAGGGAAGCUCAGUCUUUCAUAUCUGCUGCUAUUGAGCCAGAGUCUGGAAAGAGCAGUGAAAGAAAAGGCGGUCGAUCUCGUUCCCAUUCUCGUUCAGAAUCCAGGUCUAGCUCAAAAUCCCGAUCUAGAAGGAAAAGAUCACAUUCAAAACACAGAAGUCGGUCUGGCAACAGAUCGCUCUCAAGACACAAGGACAGGCGCAGAUCCAGAAGUCCCCUGAAAAAACGAUCUAGAUCUAGGGAAAGGAGAAAAUCAAGAAGUCGGUCUCGUUCUCGGGACAAGAAAAGAGACAAAGAAAAGGUCAAGGAAAAAGAAAAGACCAAAGAAAAGGAGAGAGACCGAGACAAGGAGAAGGAAAGAGACCGGGAUAGAGACAAAGAAAGGGAAAGAGAGAGAGAUAAAGAGAGAAACAGGGAUAAGGACAGAGAUAAAGACAAAGAUCGAAACAAAGAUCGAGAGAGAGUCAAAGAUAGGGAUAGAGACAGGGACAAGGAAAGGGAAAAGGAGAAAGAUGAGAAGGAAAAAGACAGGGAAGAUGUAGAUCAGAACAAGGAAAGAGAUGAUGACAAAGAUGGGGAGAAAGAUAGAGAGAAGAUGAAGGAUAGGGAGGGAGAUAAGGACAAAGGAGGGGACAAAGAGAAAGACAGAGAAAAAGAAAAGGAAAAAGAUGGGGAUAAGGAGAGGGAGCGAGAAAAAGAGAGAGAUGAUAAAAAGAAGAAAGAUAAGAGAUCCAGAACUCCCCCAAGAAGCUAUAGCUCUUCAAGAAGAUCACGUAGCUCCAGCAGGUUUGUUAUUUUGAAUUUUUUUAAUGCUUUUUUGAACUUACCAGCACAACAAAAUAAAUCUUCUUCACUUGUCAGUACUACCAUCUUGAUAAUUCAGUUUUUGUUCUUUUAUUUAGUAUAUUUCCCAGUGAAGUAAAAUGAAUUAAAAAGAAAUCUGUAUCAUACCUGGAAGAAGUAGUCUGUUGUUGGGCUGCUGGUGCUUGCUUUUCACUUAAAUAUACAGUACAGUAUUUGAGGGAAGUAAGUAGAUGGUUGUGCCAUUUCUCUGAAUUGGAGCCAACAAACGUUUUGAUGGAGGGGCAUCACACGUUGUCCUGAUGAAAGUAUGAGUCAUCAAUGUGUAAUUUCUUGGUUACUUGUAUAGAGUCAUUGAAUAUGCUGGGUUGGAAAGGACCCACAAAAAUCACAGACUUUUCUGAUAUGACCACUCAGAAAUAGAAACAGUCUCUUCAGAACAGCUAGUCUAACUGGAAAAAAGAGCAGUCAGUGGCCUUAUACUCCAGGUGACAGUACUGGAGCCAGUUCUGUUGAACGUCAUCAGUGGUCUAGCCAGUGGGACUGAACACACACUCAGCAAGUCUGCAGACAAUACUGAACUGGUAAGAGCUGAUAGUAUGUCAAAGGGCUGUGCUGCUGUUCGAAGAAACAUGAACAGACUUAAAAAGAAAAAAAAUGAACUGAUGGGCAUUCCUUGGAGCUGAACAAAGGGCUGUGCUGAGUCCUGCAGCUGUGCAGGAAUAGCUCCACAGACCAGUACAGCAAGAGUGCUGAUUGACUGGAAGGCCAGGAGGCAGAAAAAGAGCUGAUGGUUCUGAUGCACCCCGGGGGAAACAUGAGC